ACUCAAACGAACGAUUCGUUGAGCAAGAAGAACAAGAGAGUAUUUGUUGAAAGUGGAUCCUGGCGGAAAACGCUAGUGUAGAUAAUAAUUUACAUCUAGAUAAUGAAUUAAGUCAGUUAAGUAAGUUAAUAAUCAACAGUUAAUGUUAAUAUAAGAUAAUUAUUAUUUCGACACGACGCGUCGUGCAUGAAAGACGACUCCUCGCUGAGUUCAGCCCGUUUCAUGUCAAGCUGCUGAUAUUUCUCUUAUAUAUCAGUCGUAUGUUCUCUUCCGCAACACUUAGAUGUACCUUCAGAGGACUGUGUCUGAGGACAGCGGACAGGUGGAUUAAACAAGACUCGCUCCAAAGGUUCUCCUACAGAUAACCGACGACCCUUACAGAUACCGAGAGCUUUCAAGAAACACAACCAGAGACACUUCACUACAGAGGUCAGCAUGAAGAAACUGCUUGUGGACGUGGACUGUGGUGUGGACGAUGCUCAGGCUCUCAUGAUGGCUUUGGCGGUUCCUGACGUGCAGAUCCUGGGCAUCUCCUGCGUUCAUGGAAACACUUCGGUGGAGAACGUCUGCAAGAACGUCCUGCGCGUCCUGAAAGUGUGUAAGCAUCUGGAGAUUCCUGUAUUCAGUGGAGCAACUAAAUCACUCUUGGGACAGACCGUAAGUGCUGGAGAUUUUCACGGCAAAGAUGGACUCGGGGACGCCCCGGACCCCGAUGCUCCUGGCCUGGACCUUGUCCAGAAAGAGGGCGCCGUAUCAGCCAUGAUCCGAAUAGUCAAUGAGAAUCCUGGAGAGGUGUCUUUAGUGGCCACGGCUCCGCUGACAAAUGUGGCUUUGGCAGUGAAACUUGACCCCUCAUUUCCCCAAAAACUCAGAGGCCUUUACAUUAUGGGUGGCAAUACAGACUCUCGUGGGAACACCACUGUAUGUGGAGAGUACAACUUUGCAGCUGAUCCUGAAGCAGCAUAUAUCGUUCUGAAUGAAUUCAUCUGCCCAGUUUACAUUGCAAGCUGGGAGUUCACCUGUCGCAGUAAAUUACCCUGGGAGUUCUGUGACGGUUGGCUGGCUCAGGACACAGAUAAGGCUCGGUUUAUGAAGCAGAUCUUCAAGCACAGCAUGGAGUCGUCCCACAGCGAGAGGAUUGAGAAGGAGCUGGUGGAUGGCCAGGGGUUCAUCUCCUGUGACUCUUAUGCCAUGGCAGCAGCCAUAGACGACACGUAUGUCAUUGAAACUGAACAGAAAGCCGUCACAGUAGAGCUGGCGGGGAACUGGUGCCGGGGAAUGAUGGUUGUGGAUCACCUCGAUAUCCUGAAGAAGACUCACAAAGCCCACAUCUUGAAGAAAGUGGACUUGGAGAGGUUUAAAGUGCUCAUGAUGAACGCUUUGAAAUAA